AUGACGUCGUCCGGCGGCGCGGAUUACGGCGCGUCAGGCGGCGGCGGAAGCUGGGUAGCGCUCCUCCGCGCGCUUCUCGCGCAGGAGGAGGUAUUAUUCGGCCUCUUAAUCGCCGGCAGCGCGACGCAGGCCUGGUGGCAGCUCUACGGCGUGUCGCGCUCGCUCAAGGCGCUCAAAUCCGCGCGCGAAACGACCAUCGCGGAACUCAACGGGAUUCCGCCGGCGGGCGGCGGAGGCGGAGCUUCGGAGUUUCCCCGCGCGGCCGGGGGAAAGGCUGGCGGAAGCGGCGGGUGGCGGCGGUGGUUCAGGCGCGCGCCGGAGCAGGCCAGCGGGACAGGCGGGGGGGGAUUUGACGGUGCGGGAGGUAGCAGCAGUAGCGGGGAUAAGAGGAGUAAUGGCAGCGGUGAAAGUAGUGGAUACUUCACGCGCCUAUGGCGGGGAAAUGGAGGCGGAGAGAGCAGGCCAGGGAAGGAUGAUAGCAGCAUUCUCAGCGUCCGCAGCGACAGCAGCGUUGGUGGCACCACUGGUGGUGGCACCACCAGCAGCAGCAGCAGCAGCAGCAGCAGUGGCGGGUUGAAAUGGCUGUUACCCGUGGGAAGAAGCAAGAGCGACGAAGGGUCGUCAAGCCAGUCAGCAGCAGCAUGGGGGCAACGUGAGCUGGGCCGGGGCCCGUCAGAUGCGAGUGAGCUAGCGGAUUACACCAACCCCCACGAGCUGGUGCUCGUCAGGGGAUCCGUGCAGCUCUCCUCCUCGCCUUCUCCCCCCUCCUCCUCCUCCACCUCCUCUUCCUCUCCGCUCUCCUUCUCGCUCCCCAAGUUAGGGGCGGGGAAAGGGUCUGGGGCGGUGGGGGGAGGGCAGGGGUCAGGGAUAGAGUUGGGCUCUCCUCCAGCUGCUGGAGCUGGGCCAGGCUGCUCUCCGCUGCUUCCAGUGCAUGGCGCCAAGCAGCCAUGCGCUGUGGUGGAGCGGUCAGAUGUGAUGCUAUACUCGGAGCUGCACCCGCUGCUGGGCUGGGUCGUUAAGUCAGAACAGGUUAACCUUGUCAGACAAUCUGUCCCUUUCUCUCUAGCAGAUACCUCACACCUGUCAGCGCCACGUGUCGACAUCUCAUUGGUGGGCGCCACACAGCCACUGCCACUGCACACCGUCUACAGUCACAUGCAAAAGGCCGACCCGUCAUGGGGCGCCACCGCCCUGCACGUGCUUAUAGGGAAGCGCCUGCCGGUGGGCCUGCGGACAGACGAGAGGGUGCUGCCAAUCAAUCACGAGCUGACAGCUGUCGGCCAUGUGAGGCGAAGAUCCGACGGUCGGCCUGCCAUCUUCGCUUCGCCCAAGUUCCCCUUCUUCCUCUUCCCAGAGUCCAAGGCGGGCAUGAUGCAGAAGCUCAACCAGCGGUGGGGGUCGCUGCUUGGAUGGGGAGUGCUGCUGUCUGCUGCCGCUGCAGGCGUCAUCGGCCUUGCUGACGUACCGUUGCCCGCAGGCCAGGCGGCAGCGGCGGCAGCAGAUGGAGCAGGCAGAGCUGGAACGAUGCUCUCUUCUGGCACUGCUGCUCUGCUCCCACCCCUUCCUCACUUCCCCCCCUCUCCAUCUCCUCUCCCUCAUACACUAUCAGGACGUAUCGCCGCCGGCAAGUCAGGCGGCAGCGGCGGCAGCAGGUGGAGCAGGCAGAGCUGGAAAGGUGGAUGGCGAUUCUCCUCGAGAGGCAGCAGCAGACCGCAUCACCUCCUCCUCUCCUCCCCCUUAUUCCCCAUCAGGACGUACCGGCGCCGGCAAGCCAGGCGGCAGUGGCGGCAGCAGUUGGAGCAGGCAGAGGUGGAAAGGUGGAUGGCGAUUCUCCUCGAGAGGCAGCAGCAGACCGCAUCACCUCCUCCUCUCCUCCCCCUUAUUCCCCAUCAGGACGUACCGGCGCCGGCAAGCCAGGCGGCAGUGGCGGCAGCAGUUGGAGCAGGCAGAGCUGGAAAGGUGGAUGGCGAUUCUCCUCGAGAGGCAGCAGCAGACCGCAUCACCUCCUCCUCUCCUCCCCCUUAUUCCCCAUCAGGACGUACCGGCGCCGGCAAGCCAGGCGGCAGCGGCGGCAGCAGUUGGAGCAGGCAGAGCUGGAACGAUGGAUGGGGAUUCUCCUCGAGAGACAGCAGCAGACAGCAGGAACAGGAGGAAUGGGAGCAGGAGGAAGAGCAGGAGCAGCAGGAACAGGAGCAGCAGGAACAGGGGCAGCAGGAACAGGGGCAGGAGUAA